AUGCUGGACUUCUUUCCCCUCCCCGCAUUCUUGAUUCCACUCGACGGUUUGUUACGUCCCGCGGCAGACGCCCCCGGGGUGACUUCUCUUUCCAACGACGACCUCCCGCAUAGGAUGUCUACUUGCUAUGUGGAGCGGACCGCGCGAAUGCCGUCCAACUACUUUCACCACGAGCUGUUAGUCAUUUUCUAUCAGACCCUGGCCAUUGCAGAUCACCUGCGGAAUGCAACGUCCUCGAGAAUGGCCCCCGACCCGUCAUCGACCUCCAUCACCAACACGCACCCCUCCCACAAAUCCGGUCCUUCGCUGUCCACCCGAGCCCCGCUCGUCGACUCUGUCAUCGCGGCCGCAUUCCCAGGCGCUGCGGCCAAAAGCGCGCACUAG